AUGUCAGACAUUGAAAAAGAAGAAAAUAAAGAUAGUUCACCACCAACUACACCACCAACAGGAGGACCCACAAAAAAUAAUGAUAUUGAUGAUGAUGAAAAAGAAAAUAAAAUUGAAAGAUCAUUAACAGAGAAUUUAAAUAAAAGAUUUUACAACAACAACAACAACAAUAGUAAUAAUUCUAAUGGUGAAGAAAUUGAAGAUAUUGAUUAUAAAAAUUUUAAAACUAUUAAAGAAUUUGGAUAUUAUUAUAAUGAUAAAGGUGAAUUAAGAAGUAUUGAAGGUGAAGAGAAAUUUAAAUUUAUAAAUCAACAACAGUAUGAUAGGUUAGGUGAUAUUAUUGUGAAAACCAUUCAAAAUAAAAUGAAAUCGGAACCAAUCAAUUUAGAGGAGCAUUGGAUACCAAAAGGUGAAACCAACCAAUGUAACAUUUUCACAAGUAAAGAUUUCUUUGAAAACCCAACAAAGCUUAUGGUAUUCAUUAAUGGUAGUGGUGCAGUUAAAUCUGGUCAAUGGGCAAGAAGUCUAUGUAUAAAUGACACACUAAACACUGGUUCGAUUUUACCUUAUUUGAAUGACGCAAUUUCAAAUGAUUUCUCAAUCAUAGUUUUAAAUCCAAAUUAUAAUGUAUUUGAAGAAAGAAUAAUUGAAGAAGGAGAAGAACAAAAAGAAAAAGCAAAAGAAGAGGAAGAAAAAAAAGAUGAUAAUGGUAAACUAUUAAAAAAGAAAAGAGUAGAUAAUUCAAUCAAAGGUAGUGAAAAUUCAAAUAAUCAUAUUUUAACAGUUUAUGAUGAAUUUAUAAAGAAAUCACCAGCAAAAGAGAUUGUAAUUGUUGCACAUAGUUUUGGUGGUGUGAAUACUACAUAUCUAUUGGAUAAUAGAGGUGAAGAGAUUGCUGAUAGAUUAAAAUCCAUUGCAUUCACUGAUUCCGUUCAUUCAUUAUCACCAAAAUCAUCAUCUUUCACUAAGUCAUUCUUUGCUGAUGAAAAUAAAACAAAGAAUUGGGUAAAAAGUGAUAAAAAGUUAAAUACAGAUUUAGGAUUUUCAAAAUUACAAGGUUGCAAUAUAGCCUCAUCUGGUCACAGAGUUCACGAAUUCACUUCCUCAGCUUGUAGAGUACCUUUAUUUCAAUUUAUUUUAAAUUCAUUAAAAAAAUAA